CGCUUCUCACUUGGAAGCCGGGAAGGCAGCGUGUGCAGUGAGUUUUGCGGCGCGAGAGAAGCUCUUCCGGUAAUAUCUGACUGUUACUUAAAAUUAAUCUUGAGUAGAAAAUAAAAGGACCUUCUUCUCUUUUCCCCUCCCAUCCUCCCCUCUCCCUGCUCGGUCGGCGCGAUGGCGGAGACCGCGGUGGGAGCCUGCGGAGAAGCGAUGGCGGCGUUGGUGACCGCGGAAGGCGCCUCAGGCCCGGCGGGCAUGUCUCUCGGCCGGGGCUUCUCGAGCUACCGGCCCUUCGAUCCCCAGACGUUGGGCUUCAGCCCGAGCUGGCGGCUGACCGGUUUCUCUGGCAUGAAGGGUUGAGGCUGCAAGGUCCCCCAGGAGACGCUGCUCAAACUCCUGGCGGGACUGUCACGGCCGGACAUGCGGCCCCAGCCGGGCUCCGGCCUGGUUGGAGGCCAGGAAGAGGCGGCCCAGGAAGCUGGCCUGACCUCUGGGACAGGCCCCAGCCCAACUUUUCCAUUCUUGAGUAUUGGGAUGGACUCCUGCGUCAUCCCCCUGAGGCACGGAGGCCUAUCACUGGUGCAGACCACGGACUUUUUCUACCCCUUGGUGGAAGAUCCGUACAUGAUGGGGCGUAUAGCUUGUGCAAAUGUGCUGAGUGACCUCUACGCCAUGGGCAUUACUGAAUGUGACAACAUGUUAAUGUUACUCAGUGUCAGCCAGAGUAUGAAUGAGGAAGAACGAGAAAAGGUAACACCACUCAUGGUUAAAGGCUUUCGGGAUGCUGCUGAGGAGGGAGGCACUGCAGUGACAGGUGGACAAACAGUGGUCAACCCUUGGAUUAUCAUCGGGGGAGUUGCCACUGUGGUAUGUCAGCCAAAUGAAUUCAUAAUGCCUGACAAUGCAGUUGUAGGGGAUGUGCUCGUGUUAACCAAACCCUUAGGCACUCAAGUCGCCGCUAAUGCCCACCAAUGGCUGGAUAAUCCUGAAAGAUGGAAUAAGAUAAAAAUGGUGGUCUCCAGAGAAGAGGUAGAGCUGGCUUAUCAGGAAGCUAUGUUCAAUAUGGCUACCCUAAAUAGAACUGCUGCCGGAUUAAUGCACACCUUUAAUGCCCAUGCAGCCACCGAUAUCACAGGCUUUGGCAUUUUAGGACACUCUCAGAACCUCGCAAAACAACAAAGAAAUGAGGUGUCCUUUGUCAUUCAUAAUCUGCCGAUCAUUGCCAAGAUGGCUGCCAUCAGCAAGGCCAGUGGGCGAUUUGGACUACUUCAAGGAACCUCAGCUGAAACCUCUGGGGGAUUACUAAUUUGUCUGCCAAGAGAACAGGCAGCUCGAUUUUGCUCAGAAAUAAAAUCUUCCAAGUACGGAGAGGGUCACCAAGCAUGGAUCGUCGGCAUCGUGGAAAAGGGAAACCGAACAGCCCGUAUCAUCGACAAGCCUCGAGUUAUUGAGGUUCUACCUCGUGGGGCCACUGCUGCUGCUCUUGCUCUUGAUAAUUCCAACGCCUCCUCAGAGCCUAGCUCCUGAAAUGGAAUUGCAGAAGUUAUUAGGAACUUAGAGCCUUUAUAUAAAAUCAUGGAGGAUUCUCAAGAGUGGAUAUUAACAAACUUCCAAAGAAGGCUGCCUGCAUAGUGGUUCCAGCUGCUUUCUCAGUGAUUUGAAUCUGCCAAUCAGUAGCUGCCUUUAUGUACAUUCCAAGGCCAGAAGUAACAUUUUGGACUUUGGGGGACAUGUAUUUAUCUCUUGGGUGGAGGAGGAGCAGAAAAACCUUUCCAAAGCAAGAUGAGGCUGUUCCAGUUUAAGGGGUUUUUCUUUGCACUGGUUUAAUUCAUUUCUGCACAAGGAAUGAGAUUACUAAAAUUACAUACUCAAAAAGUAAAUUGCAAAAUGAAAAAAAAAAAAAAAUAGAAGCAAUGAGUUUGGACCAAAACUGUUGAUAAAUCUAAAUUGUUAAGAGAGAUCUUAUAAUACAAUGUCAAAUUCUUUAUUAGAUUUUUAUAAAGAACUGGCUCUUUCCUUUUCUGGACAAGAAUUGAGCAGCUUGUCCAGUAACUGGGAAAGGAGAACCUGCAACCAUCUGACUUGGUCUCUGUUAAUGAUGUCUUUCCUUCUAAAUUCCACUAAGGAUCGGGAAAGGCAGAGCAAGCCCUAGAGACCAGGAUGUGAUGGUCAUUAAUAUGUUAAAUUUUGUGCUAAAAAUUCCUUGUGAUUUAAUUAAUAAAGAGUAAUUUCUUAUAGUUAAAUAAAUAAGAGUAACUUUGUUGGAAAA